AUGUUUUUAAAAGUACCAGAAAUAAAUGUUUUAGUGUAUAUUUGCGGGCUGCUAUGCCUUGAAAUUUCUGGGCACGUAAGUGGCGUUGCAAAUACGCAAAGCAAACAAACUGCUGCACCAACAGCAACUGAAAAAAGAUACGUGACUGCAUUUGCAGCAUUAGAAACAGGAACGGAAUUCGAUGUGAAAGCAAAGGUGCCUGCAAGUACAAGUUCGCCAGCAGCAACAUCAAACACUGGUUCCAUGCGAGCAACUGAAGCGGAAGCAACAACGAAGCGUUUUGAGGAAACAAAGAUAAAGGAUAUGCAUUCAAAUUUGGCAAAUUUAUCAAAUGCACAGUCGGCAAACUUCCUUCACAACAGCAACAUCACCAAAAAUAAGAACAUGCACAGUGCUGUUUGGGGGAAAACAAUAAAACUGGACAGUAAAUCGAUUGAAAUUAGUACUACCAACCAGCAACAGAGCAAUAGAAGACUGCAACAGAGUGUGGGCAACCGCAAGACUUUUACACGUGCAACAAGCCCAGUUGUGGAACCAAUAAAACGUAGCACAGCAAACCAUACAGCUUACAAGCAACAUGCCACCAACUUGCCCAAGAAUGAAUAUGUGCAUGUAUCAGGGUCUACUGAAAUUGUAAAGAGUGCUGAGUUCAAGCAACCGUCAAGUGCAGAAAGUUUUUUUGUACAUCCUAACACUGAACAAAUGAAGCAUUUAACAGUGCAACAGGAAAUGCUGCAGUAUACUGAACCCAACAACGUGAUUACACCAAGGAACAGUAAUCAAAGAAACAAUUAUAACAAUAACAACAAUAGCAAAAAUGCCGUCAGCAAUAUGGCGAAUUUGACAAGUGCUACAGCCGCGACAGCAACACAGCUGACGGAACGGAAGGUUGCUCGUAAUAAAGAAAAGCCCCAUAUGCCCCAUAUGCAGCAAAAGUCAGUAAAAUUUGGUAAUUUGAAAAAAGAAUCUGAUUUUCAAGUAGCAACAGCAACAGCAACAGCAGCAGCAGCAGCAGCAGCAGCAACAAAAAUUGCAUACAAGAAUGUACCAACUUAUUUUUUAAGUGAAGAACGAAACACUGUUGCGAUGCAUCAGAAGAAUCACAUCCUCGAAACUCAAACUAACGACAACACAACUUUGGCUCAGCAAAUACAUGAGCCUCUUAGUGCACGGAAUAUAAAUAAGAGCAACGUCAACUUGGGCUUAGGGCAGUCGCACAAAAAAGUUGUUGCUUUAGUUGGUACAGAAGAUUUCAUGGAGCGACGUGUUAAAAAAAGUUUUCCCAAGCCAGUGCAACGGCACCGUGAAGCUAGCGACGUUAUGUCCUUGCCACACAUUGAUUUCGCCAAUACAAAAUUCAAAAUUGAUACACGCAACUUACUGCAAGCGCAAUUUACACUAACCACCAACAGAAGCAACAUUCCUGUCGACAGUGUCGCUGUAGCUGGCACUCAAGUUGCUGCAGCUGCUCAUAAAAAUGUUGUACGAAUAACAAAAGUUCAACCGGAAUUUUCCACAACAAAAUUUUACAACAACAAAGAGUUCCAGAAUGAAAUGUUGCAACGCAAAAAGGAACAAGAAGAAGAACUGCAAUUGCAGCGGCAGCGGCAGCGGCAGCUUCGGCAAAGGCACUACGAUAUAGAGCAAGGUACGCUAAUUGCUGCCGCAUAUAACAUUACAAGCAAUAGCAGUAAUACCGAAGGUAUUAUCAGCAACAGAAACCCGCUUACGAACAAUAUUACCAGCAAUAUAGCAACUGCAGUAUCGAAUCAACAACACAAAGUUUUAAAAAAUACAAAAGACUUUGACAAGCAAAUGCAUUUAACUAUUAAGAUGCCAGCAAGUAUUGAGCUUAAAGUACCAACUACAACAGCAAAGGAUGCAACCAACACAACACACACAACCCACACAACACACACAACCAGCACAACAAUAAGAACUACAGUAGUUGGAAAUGAUGAAUAUAAACUAAGGGAAACAUUAGUAGCAACAUAUUUAAAUAAAAAUCAUAGGGAAGUGAAACGCGCCAAACAACAAACAAAUUUUAUCCGACAUAAAGGUACACCAGCUAUUAUUACUCCUACUUCGAUUCCUAAUCAGAUUCCAGCUGCUGCCGCCACUACUACAACGAGAACUGCAACUGUACAGAUAUCAACUGAAGCCAAACUUAAUGCGAGCAACACAACAAAAAUCAACAGUACCAGCACCAGCACCAACACCAACACCCGUACCCGUACCAGUACCAGUACCAGUAGCGGCAACAGUAACACUACCAAUAAUAGUAGUAAACACAGCAACAUACAAGCAAUAAUCGCACCAUCUAUUACUACAGCUGACACUAACACUUCGACUACUGCGCCAACCACUGCAAGCAAUACUCUAACCAUUCCUGUUGUUAAUGUCCUCAAUAAAUCUUCUGCUAGAAUUGCCACAAUCAAUUGGCGUCCCACAUUUACUGCUACCGCAACGCCAUUGCCGUCUAUAUCAAUUGAAUCAGUUAAUGCCACUAUUACUACUACUUCUACUACAACAACUAGCACUACUUCUGCUUCUUCUACCUCUACUGGAUUUGCUGCUGGUUUUAAUGGCGCUGCUGCUCCUGAUACUACUCAUACAAUUUCGAGAACUGCUAUUACUGGUGACACAUUAUCUUACGCAGCUUAUCUGACAAAAUCAACAUCAAAGCCAAUUGCACACCCACGUCUCCUCAAUCGUUUACAGGAGAAAAUCAAUUCCUUGGAAUGCGAAAUACAAAAUGUGACACAGGACUCCCAUCUGUGGCGUGGCAAUGAGACGCAUGAAUUGUUAUUGCCGUUUGCCUCUCCAGAAAGCUGUGAAAUCGAGCACAAAUGUUCCGGCGUGUCCUGGAGUGCCGAAGCAGAAAUACAAUCUGGUGACAUUAUAAUUGUGGAAAUAAACGAUACGACUUUAAUUCAAAAGACAAGCAAACUGAGCUACGAGUACACAUACAUUAUUCACAAUAUUUUAGUUUAUCAAGUCACGCGUGCUGGUCACGACCACUGUGAUGUGACUGAAGGAAUACUUAUGGAUAUAACGCCUCUCGUAGUCGAUGGUAGAAAAUUUCUCACACUAUAUGAUAAAGAUCUAACGGAAGGGGUUAAUUUAUUAAUUGUGGUCUCGGAAAAUUGGGGCAAGAAUUGUGUGCGCUUGAAAGUAACCACGAAAAUUGAUAACUGUGGGGAGGAUGCUGAUUGUUCUGGUAAAGGAAUAUGUUAUUCCAAUGCAGUUAUGGAGGAGUAUGAGUGUCAAUGUUGUACUGGUUUUACGGGCCCGCAUUGUGAGGAAAUUGAUGCUUGCACACCAAAUCCUUGUAUAAAUAAUGGCAUUUGUAUAGACAUAUCGCAAGGGCAUGAAGGAGGUGCCUAUCAAUGUCUAUGUCCAUAUGGAUAUAUAGGCAAAAAUUGCCAAUUUGAAGCGGAUCCAUGUAAUCCAGCUGAAUGUUUGAAUGGUGGCACUUGUCUAGGCAAUUCCACACACUUUCGUUGUGAUUGUAAACCUGGUUUCACUGGACUCUUCUGUCAGCAUAGCAUGAACUUUUGCGAGUCUUCACCGUGCAUGCAUGGCAUAUGUGUGGAUCAUGAGCAUGGUUUCCGUUGCUUCUGCCAACCAGGUUUUGCUGGCGAGUUGUGUAGUUACGAAUAUAAUGAAUGUGAAUCAAAUCCUUGCCAGAAUGGAGCCGAAUGCGUAGAUUACAUAGGCCGCUAUGGGUGUAAUUGUGCUAAGGGGUAUACAGGAACCCGUUGUCAAGUAAAGGUGGACUUAUGUGCAGACACACCAUGUGCACCCGGAUUACUGUGUGUGGAUAAUGGCGGGAAUUAUAGUUGUGUGUGUCCGAAGGGGGAAUUGGAUUGCAAAGAAGCACAAAGAACGCAAUGCAGCGAAAAUAUGUGCACACAUGGUGGUACUUGCUGGCUGAGUGGUGCAACUUUUUAUUGCGCUUGUCGUCCUGGUUACACUGGCAUCAAGUGUGAAGACGAAUUCGUAGUUGAAACCGUCGUCAGCACCGAUGAGUUUAUGGUCGAUGAUACACACAUCAACAACUAUAAUGACAAAAGUUUCGAGAUUGCCGAACAAAAUUCACUGAGGCUCAAGGACUCCGCAGAUUUACAACACAUGAUUUAUUUGGUAGCAGCAGCUUUUGCGACAACAAUUUUAAGUGUUUGCAUUGUGGCAAGUAUUGAAAUCCAUAGACGAUUUAUAUAUAGUUAA